AUGGCGUUUCUUAUUGAUAUUGGUACCGGACUUAUUGGAAAACUUGUGGACUAUACGGUUCUACCAGUUGGACGUCAAGUUGGUUAUCUGAUCUACUACAAUCGGAACGUCAAAAGCCUAGAGGAUCAACUGAAUGACUUGGUUGCUGCGAGUCAGAGUGUGGAACAGAGGGUUGGUGAAGAAAAGAGAAACAUAAGAGAAGUGGAAGUCCCUGUCAACAAAUGGCUGACAGAUGUCAAAAAGAUCACAGAAGAAGCAAAUAAGAUCUUGAAUGAAGAACAGAAAGAAAAGAUGAAGUGUCUUUGUGGAUUAUUUCCUAAUCUAGUGGUUCGUCAUCAGCUAAGUCGAAAAUCAACAAAAUUGGUAUCUGACGUUGCUGAGCUCUAUGGAAAGAAAGACUUUAGCACUUAUGCCCAUGCUAUCAUCCCACAAGAUGUGCCCUCCAAAGAUUACGAGGCCUUCAGCUCAAGAACUGUAGUGGUGAACAAGAUAAUGGAUGAAUUGAGAAACAGUCCUGAUAUCAACAUGAUUGGAGUAUACGGGUUUGGUGGUGUGGGAAAGACCACACUUGUCAAAGAAGUUUCUCGUCAAGCUACAGGAGACAAGACAUUAUUUGACGAUGUGGCUAUGAUACUGGACGUAAAACAAAAUCCAAGCAUCCAAAGAAUUCAACAAGAAAUUGCUGAGAAGUUAGGUCUUGACCUUCCUGAAAAUAAGACUGUUGCUGGAAGAGCACGUCUUCUAUCUAGCAGGAUAAAAGACCAAAAGACUCUGGUAAUUCUCGAUGAUGUGUGGGAUGGAAUUGAUUUGGAGGCUGUGGGACUUUCUGGUGUGACGACUUGUAAAGUAUUGUUGACAUCAAGAACUCGUGAAGUAUUAUCCGGUAAGAUGCACACACAAAAAGAGUUUGCACUUGAUCUUUUAGGGGAAGAAGAAUCUUGGAGUCUGUUCAAGAAGAAGGCAGGUGAUGUUGUUAAAGAUCCUUCCAUAAAAGCUGUAGCAACCAAAGUAGCCAAAAAAUGUGGAGGUUUGCCGGUCUUAGUUGUCAGUGUUGCAAGUGCCUUGAAAAAUAGAACUACCUUACAUGGAUGGAAUGAUGCGUUGAGACAAUUGAAAAGGUUAGACAAAAAAGAAUCCACAGAAAAGACAUACUUGGCUCUAGAGUGGAGUUAUAGUCAAUUAAAUGAUGAAGAGCUCAAGCAAUUGUUCUUGCUUUGUGGACUUUAUGCUGAUUCUUCGAAAACUAUUCAUAUACAGUACUUGUUGAAAUAUGGCAUUGGCUUGGGUUUGUUUAAGAACCUCAAUACACUGGGAGAAGCUUGGGAUGCAGUAAAUUCAUUGCUUGAUCAACUAAAGGAUUCUUGUCUAUUGCUUGACCAUGAAAAUAGUCAGUGUGUCAAGAUGCAUGACCUCAUCCAUGAUGUUGCUAAACGUAUCUCAUCUAGGGACCAGCAUUUGUUGAAAGUAUUUGAUGGAGAUGAGUUUAAAGAAUGGCCCGAUAAUAAGGAUUUCUGUGAUAAGUGCACUAUGAUCUCUCUCAGAACGUCCAAUAUCCCCAAGCUUCCUGAAGUUUUGCAAUGCAAAGAACUGAAGCUUUUUCUCCUUGACAGUGAAGUUGAGGGUUACUCCCUAGAAAUCCCGUGCGACCUUUUUAAAGAAACUGAAAAACUCAAUGUGUUGGAUUUAAGUUCUCUGAGUAUCCCAUUACUUCCUCCAUCUGUUCAGUUCCUAAUAAAUCUGAAGACAUUGUGUUUAGAUCGCUGUACCUUGGGAGACAUUGCUCUAAUUGGUCAACUACGAAACUUAGAAGUACUUAGCUUUCUAAAAUCGAUGUUUAAAGAGUUGCCCAAAGAAGUAGGGCAAUUGACUCAUCUACGAUCAUUGGAUUUGACUGGUUGUACUCAGUUGGAAAUAAUUGCACCUGGUGUUAUAUCAAAUUUGAAAAGACUAGAAGAACUGUGGAUGGGGAGAAGUUUCAACCGAUGGGAGGCUGAAGGAGUGACCAAUAGUGAGAGAAGUAAUGCAAACCUCUCAGAGCUCAAGCACUUGUCUAAUCUAAGUGCUUUGCAUGUACAUGUCUUGGAUGCUAACAUUCUUCCAUCAAAUUUGUUCUCCAAUGCAUUGGAACGAUACCGAAUAUAUAUUGGUGCUGCAUGGAACUGGGAUGAUGCGGAUGCAAACCUCAACACACUGAAAAUCAAGCUCACUACCACCAAUGAACUGUACCAAUCUGGUCUAAACAUGUUGCUGAAGAGAACUGACGAGUUACACUUGAAUGGAAUGGAUGCUGGUAAUAAUACAGCUUAUCAAUUAGACGGUGAAGAAUUUCAGCAAUUGAAACAUCUCCAUGUCCAUAAUGCUGAGUUUAGACAUAUCAUUAAUGGGAAGGGCGUUUUUCCCAACUUAAAAAGGUUAGUGGUGAGUGGCCUUGAUGGUUCGAGUUCGAGAUUCUUAUUAUCAUCUUCCAUGGCUAGAAGUCUUGUACAACUCACACAUCUUCAGAUAUCCGGAUGUCCGAUGAUGGAAGAGAUAGUAUCAAUAAACGAAUCUGAUGAAAGGCAUAUGAAGGACAUGUUUUCUAAGCUUCAACGUCUGGAGCUAAUAGAUCUUCCAAUCCUCACAAGGUUUUGCUCAAGAAGUUGUACUGGAUAUCCAUCUUUGGAGAUUUUGCAACAACCAGAGAACUACGAUGAAGUUGAAGAAAGGGACUCGAGAGAAAACAUUCAGAAUGCUUUGUUUGAUGCAAAGGUAGUAUUUCCAAGCUUGAAGAGAUUGUUGAUCAAUGGGUUGACCAAGUUAAUGACAGUAUGGCACAACCAAAUUUCUCCAGAGAGUUUCAAAAAUAUAGAGACUGUAAAGAUUUAUAGGUGUCAGAGUUUGAAAAGUGUAUUUCCAUCCUCAAUGGUGAGAAAUCUUCAGCAGCUAAUGCAUUUAUGUGUGGCCGACUGCGGAGUGGAGGAAAUCUUUGAAGAUGGAGUACAAACGACAUAUGAUCAGUUUGUCCUCUCAAAACUAAACUCUGUCAGAUUUGAGGAUUUGCCCAAUCUUAACUGUUUCUAUCCCGGAAUGCAUGCUUCGUGUUGGCCGUCACUUGAAGCUUUGUCGUUAUAUGAUUGCUCUAAAAUAGCAUUUUUGGCCCAAGAACGUUCAAGACUUCAGAGAAACUAUGAAUCGAUGUAUCUUACUCCAACCAACCAAGCUCUCUUUAUUAUUGACAAGGAUUCAUUCCCAAACUUGAAAAAAGUGACCAUUUCCGGCGUGGAGAUUUGGGAUGGCCCCUUUCCAGUAAAUUACUUCAGCAAACUAGAAUAUUUCCAGGUCGAAAAGAGUAACAAUGAGUCGGCUUCUAUACUUGAGAAAUUCCCUGGUCUCGAAAAAUAUGGUGAAACGAGUGCUGCUACUUCUAGUGAAAUAUCUUCCCAUCGGAAAAGCAGAAGUGGGGAUAUUCAUGCAGUUGGGGCCCUCUCUCAUUUAAGUCAAUUAUGGCUUUGUCGCAUGUCCCGCCUGAUGCAUCUAGGGGAAGAUAACUCCCAAAUGGCAGGUCAAAAUUUUCCAAACCUGCAAUGUCUAGGGAUAUAUUAUUGUGACAGCUUACGAAAUCUAAGAUCAUCAGCAAUAUCCUUCAAGAAUCUAACAACCUUGCAAGUAGAUGCCUGUUCGGGGUUGGAAUACUUGAUAACUUACUCCACAGCUAAAAGUCUCAAGCAACUCAUAGUCCUAUUAGUUAAGAACUGUGUAAGACUGGUAGAAAUAGUGGGAAGCAGAGAAGACGAUGAUAAUUUAGGAAAUGAGAUUGUUUUCAGUCGGUUGGAGUAUCUGGAACUCUCUAACCUACCAAAAUUGCGAGGCUUUUGCUCUAGAGAUUGCAUUGUCAAAUUCCCAUCUUUGGACCAGUUAUUGAUAAGCAAACGCCUCAAACUAAAAAUCUUUGGUAACGAUGAAACGCUACAUGUAACCAACGAAGAUGUUGACACAGAUGUUGAUGCUGAUGAUGGUGAAACAUACGUUGAUGCUGAUGAUGGUGAAACAGGCGUUGAUCUUGAUGAUGGUGAAAAGACGGUACAAGUAACAAAGGAGAAUGUUGACAUAGAUGCUGGUGUUGAUGGUGAUCAAAGUGAUGAAACUACACAUAUCACAGACGAAAAGGAAGAUGAAAAUUAUGAUGGAUCGGAACAUGUUCAGCCCCUUGAAAUCACUGCAACUGAUCAGGGGGUCAUAGCACCAGUGGGAGAAAAUCUGGCCAUCUUACCAGUAGGCGAAGUCAGAACUCCUGUGUUCCCAGUCAUUGAGCCUCCUCCUGUCGUCGAAGUUCCUCCUACUGAAGAAAGGGAACAAGCAUUCUCAGGCCUGAACAUAGAGCCUGUAGCUGAAGCAGCUUGGCCUGAUGCUCAUCAGACUUCCAAUGCACCAGAGCAGAAUCUUGAGGUACAAAGUGAUCCCUUUGAACCUUCAGCUGUUGCUAGAAUAACUCCAACUAUUAUCACUCCUGCACUGCCCUCUUCAAGUUCUCCAAAGUCAUCACGAGCAAAACGUUCCUUGGGAGAGAAACUUCAAGAUCUGUCUGCGAAGAAGGCUGCUAGCAAUAUCGGCCAAUCUGAGAAGGAGAAGACCAAGCUCAAAGCUCUUAUUUCUUCUGCUGAGUUGAGAGACCCCCAAACCAUACAACAGCUCCUGGCAGUACUGCCCACUCUCCAACUGUCUACUACCAAAUGGAUUGCUGAUCUCGUUGUUCAAGAGCUAUCAAAGUUACCACUGGUUCUGGACAAGGAGGAAUCAUUACGCCAAAAAUUGGCUGGUCUUGUAGCUCAGGGUCUCGAGUUGGAUGAAAGGAGGCACAUCCUCCUCUCUGAAGGUUCCUUAGCUGAAGAAAACAUCCAGAAGGUCCAGGAGCAGAAGGUGGAGCUGCUAGCUCUGGAAGAGCAUAUCAAGAAGCUUGAGGCGCAAGCUACUUCACUCCGGGCUGAGAUCGCCAUUGGUGAAAAGAGGUAUUCUGGUUUUGAAGCGUCCUUGGAUCAGCUAGUUGAGAAACAAAAUCUCAACCAACACUCUGUGGAUUCAACAAGUGAAGAGCUGCUUAGGACUCGAGCUUGUCUCUGUGCUGAGCUGCUGAUCAUUGGCGCAAGAUUUUUGCAAGCUGGUGUAGUGUCAUCAGCACAAGAUUGUGCGGUUCAGCCUCUGGAGUGA